UCCAUAUAUAAAUAUAUAUAUAUAUACACACACACAUAUAUCUCCUAAGUCACCAACCAAAAAGUUAUCCAAACUCCUAAAAAGAGAGAUAAAUUUCAGUCUUGAAGGGAAAUUGAAAGUUAUUGAAUCUCAAUCAAUCAUGGAGGUCGUGAUACCACCACCACUACGAGAUUUCGACUUCACCACGAGCAGUGCGAUGACAACGCCUUACUCGACCGCGCCGCCGACGCCGAAGCGCUUCGGCGACUACUUCUUCAGCGCGCCGACGAGCCCGUCCCGCAUGUCCGACUUCUACCGAGCCUUCGAGGAGGAAUUCUCCACCGAUAUUUAUAGAACUAGAUCCCCUCCGGCGGUUCCUUAUGAGUGGGAGUUCCAUCCCGGCAGCCCUAAAGUGAUGAAGAUCAACGAUGACGGCGAUGGCGACGAUGACGUCGAUGAUUUCGCAUUCGAAUUCAGUAAGGACUUGGAGAGAGCUUCUCUCUCUGCCGACGAGCUCUUCGACGGUGGGAAGAUCAAGCCUCUCAAGCCCCCGCCGAGUGUUAGGUCUCCGAGAUCGCCGAGCAAGUCGAAAAAGAAAACGGAGAGGGAAAGGGGAAGAGAGAGAAUUAGUACUUCUGCCGCGGCGGGUUUGUCGGGAUCGAAUUCGGGGCGGAGAGCGGCGAGAUCGCUCUCGCCUUUGAGAGUCUCGCAGUAUCCAUGGGAAGAUCAAGAUAACCAAGAUCAACAACAACAACCACCACAACAGAAGGUUGCUAAUAAUAAUAAUAAUAAUACUAAGCAGCAAAAUUCAGCUACGAUUUCGAAACAUUCUUCAUCAUCGUCAUCGAAAGGGUCGUCUUCUUCGUCGUCGAGGAAAUGGAGAUUGAGGGAUUUCUUGCUGUUCCGAAGCGCGUCGGAGGGACGGGCGACAGACAAGGACCCGUUGAGGAAGUACUAUGCCUUGUACGGCAAGAAACAUUAUGAGGACGUGGCGAUGAAGAGCGGGAGCUUCCGGUCGGCCGAGUCAACGACGGGGGCGAGGAGGAAAGGGGCGCCUGCGGUGUCGGCUCACGAGCGGCAUUACACGGCGAACAAGGCGGCGUCGGAGGAUCUGAAGAAGAAGACUUUCUUGCCGUACAAGCGAGGGAUUUUGGCACUUCAUUCUUUGGCCAAUGGCUUUGGCUCUCUCACACGUUCAUCAUCAUGAUGAUGAUCGGGAUUGUUUUGAUGAAUUAAACUCAAUCGUUAAUCUCAGUUGGUGUUGAUGGAGAAAGUAGAUUUAAUUUGUUUUAAAUGUAAAUUUGGUUUCGUUUUGUAUUUACAGAGUAAAGGAUUCGUAUAUUUUAGGAGUUUUGCUUGAUUGUGGUGUAUAUAGCUAAAAAAAAGAGCACACACACUUGGAUCAAGCGCGUUAGUUUCUUUUAUGAAAACGUUAAUUCUUUAUUUGUUUCAUUUCGAUAAUUUGUAAUGUUUAUGAGAAUAUAUAAGCACUAAUGCAAGACAAUUUUUUGUGUUUGUAUUUAUUUAUUAUUUUUAUCAAGUCCUAUACUAUUAUCUCUAAGCUCAAACAAGAAUCUCCCUGUGGUCUGAACAACAGAACAACAAUAACUGACAGAAGCAGUUUUCAGAAAAUGUAGAACAACGAUCUCGUAAUUGAAAAAAAAAAAAAAAA